AUGUCGGGCAAGUCGAUACUCCCAAGCUACCACGUGCCGGCCGACACGUCUCCCGGAGCCGGAGGCCGCGGUCGGCAUCACAUACAUCACACAAAGGCGCAGCACCACUACUCGCCAUCGCGCCGGAAGAAGAGUCGUUGGUGCUGUUGCGGAGCCGCUGGCGGUAGCCCUCUGCGGCUACGGCACCUCGUCGUCUUGUUUUUUACUCUGUUGUUUGUCUUUUACGUUACCGACUGCCUGCACCUCUACAAGCGCAUCUCGCUCAAGAAGGAAACGGGAAUCACACACCUCCAAACCACGACGUGGAACUUUAGGUUCUCCAGAGGUCCCAUAGACUUUAGCAUGGGGACCUUUCAAUCAAGAGAUUUUGUCGACAUUACAUACAACCCUAGGUAG